AUGGCGUUUGGGAAGAGUCACCGGGAUCCGUUUGCGACCUCCGUGGGCCACCUGAUAGAAAAGGCUACGUUCGCAGGCGUGCAGACUGAAGACUGGGGCCAGUUCUUGCACAUUUGUGACAUAAUCAACACUGCCAGCGACGGGCCAAAGGAUGCCGUAAAAGCUUUGAAGAAAAGGAUUUCCAAAAACUACAAUCAUAAAGAAAUUGAACUUACCUUGUCACUUAUUGACAUGUGCAUGCAGAACUGUGGUCCAAGUUUCCAGUCUCUGAUUGUGAAGAAGGAGUUUGUUAAAGAUAGUCUAGUUAAGCUGCUGCAACCCAGAUACACCUUGCCAUUAAGCAUUCAGAAUAGAAUUUUGAAUUUCAUUAAGACGUGGUCUCAGGGCUUCCCGGGAGGUGUGGAUGUGAGUGAGGUGAAGGACGUGUACCUUGACCUGCUUAAGAAAGGUGUUCACUUUCCUCCCUCUGAGGCAGAGGCAGAAGCAGCAGAACAAGAGACUGCUCAAAUCUCAUCAAAUCCACCUGCAUCUGUUCCUACUGCACCAGCUCUUUCUUCUGUAGUUGCUCCCAAGAAUGCAACUAUUACACUGGUCCCAGAACAGAUUGGCAAGUUGCACAGUGAGCUGGACAUGGUGAAGAUGAAUGUGAAAGUGAUGUCCGCCAUCCUGAUGGAGAAUGUUCCUGGGUCUGAGAACCCUGAAGACAUAGAGCUUCUGCAGAAACUUUACAAGACGGGUCGGGAGAUGCAGGAGCGAAUCAUGGACCUGCUCGUGGUGGUGGAGAAUGAAGACGUAACUAUUGAGCUCAUCCAAGUGAAUGAGGAUCUGAAUAACGCCAUCCUUGGCUACGAGAGGUUUACUCGAAACCAACAAAGGAUUUUGGAGCAAAAUAAUCAGAGGGAAGACACCAAUACUGCCACUGAACCUUCUGCCCCAUCCUGUGAUCUUCUUGACCUAAGUCCCAGCACUCCGAAUCAUAGGGCUGCUCUGGAAGAGGUCAACGCCAUGAAUGCUCAGCUUUCAGACUUAAGUUUCAGCUCUCCAACUCCUGUGAUAAUGAACAGCUUGCAGCCCAGUCCUCGCCCACAAAUGGAUCUGCUAGCCUUGGAAAACACAGGCACAGCCAUGUUUGCCCAAAGGACCAGCCAAAACCCCGACUCAAGUCAUAUAUACGAGAGUCUUCCGGAAUAUCAAAAUUCAGUAUUACUACAGCCAGUGAGCCUACACACCGUUCCAGCCACACCGUCAAACCAGACACUGCCAGCCUUGCCCGCCAACCACCCAGCGAUGACAAAGAAUGAUCUCCAGCUACCCAAUUACUACGAGGUAAUGGAGUUUGAUCCCUUAGCUCCUGCUGUCACGACCGAAGCUAUUUAUGAAGAAAUUGAUGUUCAUCACCGCAAAGGCACUCAAAAUCAUAGCGACUGUUAA